UUCCGGCUGCCUCCCGCGUGCCAUCCCGGUCGCCCCCUAUGACAUUUGGAAUUAAAGUUUGGGCUUCUGAAAGCAGCCAAGAUGCCUUUCCAUCCCGUAACGGCCGCCUUGAUGUACCGGGGCAUUUAUACGAUUCCCAACCUUCUGGCAGCGGAACCGAAUCCGGUAGACAUUCCUGAAGACGAGUUGGAAGAGAUCCGUGAGGCAUUCAAAGUCUUUGACCGAGAUGGCAACGGGUUCAUCUCCAAGCAAGAGCUCGGCACCGCGAUGAGAUCUCUCGGCUACAUGCCCAAUGAAGUGGAGUUGGAAGUCAUCAUCCAGAGGCUGGAUAUGGAUGGUGAUGGACAAGUGGACUUUGAAGAGUUUGUGACGUUACUUGGUCCCAAACUUUCCACCUCUGGCAUCCCCGAGAAGUUUCAUGGUGCUGACUUUGACACUGUCUUCUGGAAGUGUGACAUGCAAAAGCUGACGGUCGAUGAGCUGAAACGGCUGCUGUAUGACACCUUCUGUGAGCACCUCUCCAUGAAGGACAUUGAAAAUAUUAUCAUGACUGAGGAGGAAAGCCACAUGGGGAAUGCAGAGGAGUGUCCAGUUGAUGUGGAAACAUGUUCCAACCAACAGAUCAGACAGACGUGCGUCCGGAAAAGCCUCAUCUGCGCAUUUGCCAUCGCAUUCAUCAUCAGCGUCAUGCUCAUCGCUGCCAACCAGGUGCUGAGAAGUGGGAUGAAGUAACCUCGGGGGAAGCAACGGAUGACUGGAUUGAGGAACAGAUGGACUUCCUUGAAAAACAUUGGGAAGAGCCCAAGAGACAUACCUAUAAAUACCUUUAGCCACAAGGGCCCAGGGCUGGGGGAGACUGUAAUGCCUCCACGGCAGAACUGUGCACGCACACACACACA